AUGCUGGGAACAAAGCGACACUGGCCGCCAGGUCCCUCACUCAGCCUGGGGUUGCCUUUGGCCCUCACACUUCUGGCCCUGAGGGCCGGGUGGGCCCAGGAGGGGUCAGAGCCAGUCCUCCUGGAAGGCGAGUGCCUGGUGGUCUGUGAGCCUGGCAGAGCUGCUGCAGGAGGGCCAGGGGGAGCAGCCCUGGGAGAGGCGCCCCCUGGAAGAGUGGCAUUUGCUGCAGUCCGCAGCCACCACCACGAGCCAGCAGGGGAGAUCAGCAAUGGCACAAGUGGAGCCAUCUACUUCGACCAGGUCCUGGUGAACGAGGGAGGUGGCUUUGAUCGCACCUCUGGCUCCUUCGUGGCCCCUGUACGGGGUGUCUACAGCUUCCGGUUCCAUGUGGUGAAGGUGUACAACCGCCAAACUGUCCAGGUGAGCCUGAUGCUGAACACAUGGCCUGUCGUCUCGGCCUUUGCCAACGAUCCAGAUGUGACCCGGGAGGCAGCCACCAGCUCUGUGCUACUGCCCCUGGACCCUGGAGACCGGGUAUCUCUGCGCCUGCGUCGAGGAAACCUGCUGGGUGGUUGGAAAUAUUCAAGCUUCUCUGGCUUCCUCAUUUUCCCACUCUGA